AUGGCAGGCGAAAAGGCCGCCGUCGCCUCCGGCGCUGACGUCGGCGAGGGGCUGAGGAAGCGUCCUGUGAAUAACGGCACUCCAGUUCCCGUGGCACCUCAGCCCGCGGAUAACAAGAAACAGGCAGCUCAGAAGGCAGAAAAGAACCUGGUUGACACCUUCGUUGAUUGGGAACACAUCAUCGCUCCGCUCAUCUUCACGGCCCUCGCAUUCUUUACGCGAUUGUGGAAGAUUGGUCUGAGCGACAUUGUUACCUGGGAUGAGGCUCACUUUGGUAAAUUCGGCAGCUACUACAUCAAGCAUGAAUAUUACUUCGAUGUCCACCCCCCUCUUGGAAAGAUGCUCGUUGGAUUGUCUGGCGUUCUUGGUGGAUACAAUGGAUCUUUCGAGUUUAAAUCUGGCGACAAGUACCCCGAGGAUGUCAACUAUACCUUCAUGCGUGCCUUCAAUGCCUUGUUUGGCAUCGUCUGCAUUCCCAUGGCUUACUACACUGCCCGCGAGCUUAACCUCCGCCGACCUGCCGUCUGGCUUGUUACACUGAUGGUCCUUUGCGAGAACUCAUACACCACUAUUAGCCGGUUUAUCCUCCUCGACUCGAUGCUGCUCUGUGGUACUGUGGCUACUACCCUUUGCUGGGCCAAGUUCCACAAUCAGCGCCACAACAGUUUCGAGCCUGAGUGGUUCUUCUGGCUCUUCAUGACUGGUUUUAGCAUUGGUUGUGUCUGCAGUGUUAAGCUGGUUGGUCUAUUUGUCACGGCCCUUGUUGGUCUGUACACUAUUGAGGACUUGUGGAACAAGUUUGGCAACACCAGGAUGCCCAUUACGACCCUGGCUGCCCAUGUUGGCACUCGUGUUGUUGGAUUGAUCGUCGUUCCUUUCCUCAUCUACCUCCUCUCCUUCGCCCUUCACUUCGCCAUCCUCGAUCGCACUGGUCCCGGUGAUGCCCAAAUGAGUUCUCUUUUCCAGGCUAACCUGAAGGGCACAGAGGUUGGAAAGAACAGCCCAUUGGAAAUUGCCUACGGCUCUCGUGCUACUAUAAAAAAUAUGGGUUACGGUGGCGGUCUGCUUCACUCCCACGUUCAGACAUACCCUGAAGGCUCUCAGCAACAGCAAGUUACUUGCUACCAUCAUAAGGAUGCCAACAACGAUUGGUUCUUCUAUCCUAACCGCCGGGAGCCUGACUACGACGCCGAGUCCCCGGAUCUUCGCUUCAUUGGCGACGGUAGCAUCAUCCGUUUGAUUCACGCCCAGACCGGACGUAACCUGCACUCUCACGAUAUCGCUGCGCCAAUGUCCAAGAGCGACAAGGAAGUCUCUUCCUACGGCAACCUUACUGUUGGCGACGAAAAGGAUCACUGGAAGGUUGAGGUUAUCCGAGACGUUGCAUCCCGGGAUCGUAGCCGAAUCCGCACUCUGACCACGGCUUUCCGCCUCAAGCACGAAGUUUUGGGUUGCUAUCUGAAGGGCACCAAUAAAAACCUUCCUCAGUGGGGUUUCAAGCAGAUUGAGGUUUCCUGUACCACGGAAAACAACCCUCAGGAUGCUUACACCCACUGGAACGUUGAGGCCCACUGGAACGACAAGCUGCCUGCCGGUGACCCUGGUGUCUACAAGUCUCCUUUCUUCCACGACUUCAUUCAUCUCAACGUUGCCAUGAUGACAUCCAACAAUGCUCUGGUUCCCGACCCUGACAAGCAGGAUGACCUUGCCUCGAAGUGGUGGCAGUGGCCCAUUCUUCACGUUGGCCUUCGCAUGUGUGGCUGGGAUGACAACAUUGUCAAGUACUUCCUUCUCGGAAACCCUCUAGUCUACUGGGGUUCCACCAUCGGCAUCGGCAUUGUCGGCCUUGUUGUGGUGUGGUACAUUUUGAGAUGGCAACGCGGCUUCACCGACCUAAAUAACAAGGAAAUUGACCAAAUCCACUACUCUGGCAUUUACCCUGUUGCUGGCUGGUUCCUGCACUACUUGCCAUUCGUCAUCAUGGCUCGUGUCACCUACGUGCACCACUACUAUCCGGCUCUGUACUUUGCCAUCCUUACUUUUGGCUUUCUCGUGGAUUGGACCGUCAGAAACCGCAAUACGACUAUCCAGUGCGUCACAUAUGGUGUCUUGUAUGCUGUCAUCAUUGGUCUCUACGUCCUCUUCAUGCCUAUCUGCUGGGGAAUGGUUGGCCCCAACCAGCAGUACAGCUAUCUGAGAUGGUUCGAUAACUGGAGAAUCAGUGACUAA